GCAGCCGCCCUUCCUGCCGGGACCCUGAAUCUCCAUGUUCAUCAUGCAGGAGAAGCUGCUGCAGAUCCUCUCGGAGCGCGCUCUAGAGUGCAAGCUCUUGGUCACCGCCGGCUGUGUCGUGGCUGCAGCGUCACUUGGUCUAAAAUGGAGAAAGAGACAGCAAAUCCGCAGGAGAAUGGAGGAAGAGAGGAAGAGGAGAGAGAAGAGCGUGCAGCAGAUGAGGAGAGCGCUGGAGACCUUCCAUAAACAGAAUCCCGGAGUGGACAGCAAGAAAAUCCUGGAGCUGACAUUACGGGAACUGACAGAGAAGCUGAAGGACGGGUCCCUGACCCCAGAGAUCAUCCUCUAUUCUUAUAUUGAAAAAGCUCUAGAAGUAAACGACAACUUGAAUUGUGUGACGGUUUUCCUGUCAGAUUGUGAGGCGCAGCUGAAGGGUCUGAGAGAUAAUAGGAUGAGGGGUCCCCUGUACGGAGUCCCGGUCUCUAUAAAGGAACAUGUUGGUUAUCAGGGCCACCCCUCUACCUGUGGUCUUGUGCAAUAUCUUGAUGUUCUGGAGAAGAAGGACAGCGUCAUUGUCAGCGUCUUGAAGAAGCAAGGAGCCAUUGUGUUUGCCAAGACUAAUGUUCCCCAGUCCUUGCUGUGCUAUGAGACCAGUAACCCGAUCUAUGGAAAGACAGUGAACCCCCAUAACAAAGACAAGGUGGCCGCAGGGUCUUCUGGGGGGGAAGGAGCGCUGAUUGCUGCUGGAGGAUCUGUUCUGGGCAUUGGAACUGACAUCGGUGGAAGCAUCCGUCUCCCGGCCAGCUUCUGCGGAAUUACCGGAUUUAAGCCAACUCCCAGUAGACUGAGCAUGUCCGGCGUCCGUCACUGCGUUGAUGGGAUGAAUUCAGGUAAUAGUUGUUUUGUCUUUUUAGCUGGAACCUCGAUGACCGGAUCAGGUUCCAGUAGGGAAGGCUCAGGGUCCAUGUAUAUCAUGUCCGUCUGGAUUGUGACCUUGUCAACAGUCAGUAUUGAGACAGUUGCAUCCAAUCGAUGACUCUAGGAGACACGUCAGACAGAUGCACUGCCAGGAACAUACAGGAGGAUAUUUCAACCACCACCAGAG